AUGUCCAACCUCAUGACGUGCGACAUACCUGAGAAGCAAUGGGCGCAGGUCGUCGAGAGGAAGGGUGGCCCACCCGUCUACACACAAAUUCCAGUUUCAAAGCCCGGCCCCGAUGAAGUCCUAGUCAAGAUCAAGUACACCGGCGUCUGCCACACCGACCUGCACGCCAUGAAAGGCGACUGGCCGCUGCCCCUCAAGAUGCCCCUCGUAGGCGGCCACGAAGGCGCCGGAAUUGUCGUCGCCAAGGGCGAAAUGGCGAAGGGAGUGGAGAUCGGCGACCACGCGGGCAUCAAGUGGCUGAACGGAUCGUGCCUGGCUUGCGAGUUCUGCAAGACAGCGGACGAGUCGCUUUGCGCUGAGCAGCUGCUCUCAGGUUACAACGUCGAUGGCACGUUUCAGCAGUAUGCGAUCGGCAAGGCCGCCCAUGUUACGGUCUUGCCGAAGGAUGUGCCUCUGGAUGGGGUUGCGCCGAUUCUCUGUGCUGGAAUCACAGUCUACAAGGGUCUCAAGGAGUCUGGGGCUCGACCCGGCCAGACAUAUGCGAAGGCGAUGGGAUUACGUGUGGUUGCGAUUGAUGGCGGCGAUGAGAAGCGUGCGAUGUGUGAGAAGCUUGGCUCCGAGGCCUACAUCGACUUCACCAGCUCCAAGGAUCUCGUCGCUGACGUGAAGGCGGCCACACCAGGCGGUCUCGGCGCACACGCUGUGCUCCUCCUUGCCGUUUCUGAGAAGCCCUUCCAGCAAGCCGUUGAAUACGCACGGCCCCGCGGUACAAUUGUCGCCAUUGGUAUGCCUGCUAAUGCAUUUUUGAAGGCUCCCGUCUUCGAGACUGUUGUCAAGAUGAUCAGUAUCAAGGGCAGCUAUGUUGGCAACCGCCAGGACGGUGUUGAGGCCGUUGAUUUCUACGCUCGCGGCUUGAUCCACGCACCGUUCAAGACUGUUCCUCUGGAGGAUCUUCCGAAAGUAUUCGAGCUUAUGGAACAAGGGAAGAUUGCUGGACGCUAUGUUCUCCAGAUGCCGGAGUAA